AUGGCUUAGGCCAGUGGCCACAGCUCCAAUUCGACCGCUAGCCUGGGAAUUUCCGUAUGCCGAGGAUGUAGACCUAAACAAACAAGAAGUGGGUGAUAGAGCUAGAAAGUGAAAAAAUUUUAAUUUUGACUUAGGAAUUUGCUGAAAAGCUACAAGCAGAAGGGGGUACUGAAGCUAAUGAGUACAUCCUAUUACAACACAUAUAAAUCAAUCCGUUUUUGGUAUGAUGAUAAUAUGUGUCAUGAAUUUGCUCACUUGGGAUUCUAGAAGAAAAUCUUAAAUUUAUCUUACAUUAGUAACCUCCUUUUCUCCCCCUUGUUUGCCUUUGUCUUUUUAAUCUCAGAGUCAAAAGUUUAGCUUAGCUUGAUGAACAUAUUUCAAAUUUAAUCACCUUCAUCCAAUGCAGUUUUCCUAGAAAAGUAAUAUGUCUUGUCUUUUUUUGUUAUUUUUUCCUUAUGGCAAAUAACCUUUCGGUUAUUUUUUCCUUAUUAACAAUUCUAAUUAGUUCAGAUGGUUUUUAAUAGAGAGCAAAGAACUCUGAAAAGACAAUAAAUUCUCAAAAAUGACUCAGUUCCACAAGUUCGCUCUUUAGAGGUUAAUGACUUCUAACCUUGGAAGUUUAGGGCAGCAAUAUUGUUUUACUCAGAACAGAUAAAAAUCUAUAUGGGGUCAGUACCUCUGCCUUGUCUUCUUGUAUCCCAUUUGCCAGGGUCCCAUUCCUUUUUAUUUUUUUUUUUUUUCCAUGCUAUCCUGACAGAGAGAUAGGUCUUGUGUCUAGAAAAUGCCCAUCUCUAAAUCAAGAUUGGUAUUUGUUGGCUUUUACACUGUAAGACUCAAUGUGGUAGAAAGAAAGAAGUGGAAAGAAAACAUUCCUGAUGAUUUUCACCUGAUGUCAUAGACACCUCCCUUUCUACAGGUGUAAACACUUUGUCUUUCUUUCCCUCCUCUUUCCACUGGAGGACUAAUUAGGGAAUUGGGCUUGAAGAAUAAACCAACCUUUGAUAAAGGAACCAUUGCAGUGCCACGCAGGGAAAGACCUCAGUUUCAGACUGAACUCUCAGCGGCAGGUGUGGAGUUAACAAGUGCUCCUGAGAAGAUGUUGGUGCUAAACUGUUCUACCAAAUUACUCACCCUGGAAAAAGUGUUGAGGAGUCACUUUCCUGAAUCACUCAAGGUUUAUGGAGCAGUGAUGAACAUAAAUCGUGGGAAUCCCUUUCAAAAGGAAGUGGUAUUGGAUUCAUGGCCCAACUUCAAAGCUGUCAUCACCCGGCGGCAGAAAGAGGCUGAGACAGAUAACCUGGACCAUUAUACUAACGCCUAUGCUGUGUUCUACAAGGAUGUCAGAGCUUACCAGCAGCUACUGGAAGAGCAAGGUGUUAUCAACUGGGACCAAGUCUUUCAAAUACAAGGACUGCAGAGCGAGCUGUAUGAUGUUUCCAAAACUGUGGCCACCUCAAAGCAGUUGGAUGUAAAGCUAGCUUCCUUCAAGGCUGCUUUCUUUCCUCAACUUUCACCUCCUCUGGACACCAGUUCCCUAAUGAGUCUUUCCCUGAAGCUAAGCUGCCUGAGUGUUGCUGAUGCUGAUCUGCUCAACCAGACUUGGUCCCGGGGAGGCAACGAGCAGUGUCGCCGGUACAUUGCCAAGCUCAUCUCCUGCUUCCCCAGUGUGUGUGUCCGUGAUGACAAGGGGAACCCAGUCUCUUGGAGUUUCACAGACCAGUUUGCCACUAUGUGUCAUGGCUACACCCUGACAGAGCAUCGCAGGAAGGGGUAUAACAGGCUAGUGGCCCUCACGCUGGUCAGGAAGUUGCAAAGCCAGGGAUUGCCCUGCCAGGGCAACUUCUGGGAUGACAAUGAGGCUUCCAUCCGCCUCUUGAAGAGCCUGCAUGCUGAGCUCCUGCCUUGUCGGUUUUUUAGGCUUAUUCUCACACCUGCAACUUUCUCUGGGCAAGUUCGCCCCUAGCCCAUUGGAACUCCAGGAAUUGUCUUCCUUGCUCCUAACAUACCCAUGGUACAUUCCUGAACGUACAUUCCUUAGCUGCCCUUGAGGGAAAAAUUAAAACUAGAAUCAGGAGAAUCUUAAAUUGUUGAAAAGCACCUGGAGAAGGCAAGCAGGAUUAGACAGAAUCCCUACCUCUCCCUGACUCAGGUUUCUAUAGUAAUGCCUCUAGGGCUCAGAGACAGUUGUGGCUAAAAACAAGGUAAUUAUCCUCCUUGGGGAUCCUCUGCAGAAAGAGGGUUCUAGAGCCAGCAGAUCUUAGCACAGGAGCAGAAAUGACUACAUGAGAGCAAAUGAUUUAACAAGGGAGCAUGUGGCUACUGCUUUCUUGUUGCUGCUCGGGCUUCUGUUCUGUACUAUCACUACCACACCAGUUCCUUACGACUAUAAAUGAUGCUCCUGUGCCACUAGUAUCCUGUCUCCCCAAACUCUGUUCCUCCAGUCUCUGACCCAAGUUCUCUGUAGAAUAGCCUGCUUCUUUUCCCCUUUAAUCACUAUCUCUCCCCUUCCGCCUAGGAAUCCAGCCUCUAGUUCUUCCCUGGGUAUGUUUGAAGGCAGCGGUUCUCACAUUUAAUGCACUUCAGAAUCACCUGGAAGGCAGGAUACAACACGCAUGGCUGAGCCUCUCUCUCCCCCACAGUCUCUGAUUCAAUAAGUCUGAGGUCAGGCCUUAGAAUUUGUAUUUCUAUCAAGUUUCCAUUUCUCAGUUGCCUUGGAUGAAGGAAGGAGAAUAUGGACAUUUUAAAAGCUAGAAAUCAGUGAUAUCAGCCUAGGACUGGACAUUACCUGUCACCUAUUCCAGCCCCCUUGUUGAUAAUCUGCUUUCUCAUGAGAAACUAAGAUGCAUAUACAGGUGUGUGGUGUAACUAUAAACAUAUAUACACAUAUAUACAUAUUUCAUGUUUCUACAUGCCUAUGUACAUACUCACAGAAUUUUGAUAAGAUCAUAAGCUAAUUCUCUCAUUACAUAUGAAGGUCUGAGGACCAAAGAAAAUAAAUGACUUCUUUAAGGUUAUAUCAAUAAUCACUGCUAGAGGCUGAGCCAGAAUGUUGUAUUUUGAUUUCAACCUACUUUUUUCACUAAACCACUUGUCUUUUCUUGUAAAGGAAAUGUAAAUGAUAACAUAAUAAAAUCAAUACCCUCUUAGUCUUU